GAACAGCCAGAAAACUUGCUGCCGGCCGAGGACUUUGCCCCACCCGAACUUGUGGAACUGCUGUUUAUAGGAAACUGGGUCCACUAUAGGCCCUGCAUUAACAGACAAGGUCGCUGCAACUGGGUUACAAAAGCACGCUCAACACGUGCCUUUACUGAAAGUCUGGAGGAGGGUCAAAUAAUGGCAGACGAGCUGAUUGAUCUGGUACGCAUUUCGGCGGGUGAUACUUGGUUUAGACGGCAGCUAAAGCAGCGUAUGGAGAACGGGUCAAUGCAGUUGGCAAAUAUGGAUGUAAACACGGUGGAGGAGAUAGGCGCAUGGCUGACCAAUUUAUACGCCUCAAAAGCAAACGACGAAGGAUUGGGAGAAGAGGGAAACGAGGAUGAAGAGGUGGACCUCGAGGAGCCUGAAGAGAUGCCUGGUAUACUCGGCCCCAUCGAUGAGGAUGCUCCUCUCGUACCAAUCGGACAUGUAGGCCUUCCGGAUGGCAGACUGGGUAAUCUAGCAGUUAGAAAAUCCGGCAGUUCUGGAGGGGCAUCAGGUGGUUCUGCCCUCUCUCGAGGGCAAAUAUCGGCUGCUGGUCAACCAUUACCGGCAUGGCGCUCACGUGCCUCUACUGUGCUUUUGCCGUCCAACUGCACUAUCACAAUAAUAAGCAACAAUCGCUGGCCUGGUGCCAAUACUCUAGCAAAGGGAGCGUUAUUGUUAAACAGGUUUUAA